ACCACCGAUCCAGAUCCAGAUCCAGAUCCACCGCCACUCAGGCCUGUUCGCUCGCCCAGCCGCACGCCCACCGCCUGAAAACAGCGCAGCGCCAUGGUCCGAGAGCUUGAUCCGCCCCUCGCCAAUAAGGCAUUUGUCAACAGCGCCCUCGCCGAAGGAGUGAGAGCGGACGGUCGCGGCCCAUAUGACUUCCGCUCCAUCAAGAUCACCUUUGGCUCGACACCGGGCCAUGCCGAGGCACAGCUGGGGAAAACGAGAGUUCUGGCCCGGGUUUCCUGCGAGCUUGUUCGACCCCGACCAAACAACCCCAGCGAAGGAUUUGUGAAGUUCUCGACGCAUUUUUCGCCCAUGGCCUCGCCUGGCUUUGAGGUCGGAAGAAUGUCGGACGACGAGGUUUUGGUCAGCCGAAUGCUAGAGAAGGCGCUGCGCAAGAGCCGGGCUGUCGAUACCGAAGGCCUCUGCGUCAUUGCUGGAGAAAAGGUGUGGUCGAUCCAAGUGGACAUCCGAGUUCUGGACCACGAAGGGAACUUGCUCGACUGUGCCUGCAUCGCCGCAAUCUCGGCGUUGCUCCACUUCAGACGUCCGGAUGUCACUGUUCGCGGAACCGAGGUCAUCAUCCACCCAAUGGACGAGCGCAACCCCAUCCCUCUCAGCGUCCACCACAUCCCUGUCUGCGUCAGCUUUGCAUUUUUUGACGGAGGGAACUUGCUGGCCGUCGAUCCGUCGUCGCUUGAAGAGCAAGUCGAGGAAUCCAGCAUGACCAUGGUCGUCAACAUCCACCGCGAGCUGUGCACCCUCUCAAAAGCCGGCGGCGUUCCGCUCGACAUGGCAACCAUCCUGCGAUGCUCGCAAAUCGCUGCCGUCAAAGGCGCUGAAGUAACUGAGCUGAUUCGGGCAGCUGUCAAUGCCGCGCUAUCGGAGAAACGAUAGCUAGUGCGCCCUCCCCCAACGUUCGUGUGCAGAGCUAAGGCUGCUCUCCGUU